CUGUCAUCAUAUCAAAUCUUCAUGGAUGACUUCGUCACGGAGGUGGCUGACGUUCCUAUGAGCCGUGAGACCAAGCAGGGGCACUUCCAAGAACAUCAAGGCGACGAUGAAGUUCCCUGGGCCCUCCCCGCGUGCUUGACUGAGCCUGAAUUCGCCCUCGAUGAGGUCGGUACAGCGCAGCUGGAGGCGUGGGCUAAAGAGGCAAAGGAUUACGUGCACGCUUUGGAAGCUCGUGUUGCGGAGACACUCGACAAGAGCAGAAGAGAGUUCAUUCAUACGGAUAUUCGGCUGUCCAGUACAAUUCAGAAAAUUGAGUCGGCCAAGGAGGCUCUGGGCGAGAUAUCCCAUAGGCUUGAGGAAGCUCAGCAGAAGCUGGGCGACGCGAAUUCACGGGUAUUGCAUUUGAAUAGUGAAGUGGCUGCUAUGGAGGAAGCUUGUCGCAUCAGCGGGCAAGUCGCGAAGGCUCGUCGUAGUCUCGGGAAGGUAUUCGAAAUGGACGCCCAUGGCGAGCCUGGCGAUAAUAUAGAUGGAAUUCUCGCUAGGUGCCGCGCGUUGGCAGAAGUGCGUGACUUACUGCAGUCUGUGUCCACGCCCAUGGCUCCCAAGAACUGUCCGAAGAUCGUCAACGACUGCAAUGAACUAUACUCGUCGGCCUUCGCAUCUAUGGUGGAGACUAUGAGCUCAUCGCUUCGUGGGGGCCCGGUGCUGAAGAUCGAAAAAUGCAAGUUGUCAAGCACGACGGCCUGUCCAGAGCUCUGGAAAGGGGCCCGGGUACUCGGCGUAGACUCUGACCUCGUAUGCGACGUUGCGGAGGACAUAAAUUCUAAUGUGCUCCGAGCACUCCUCAAGCAUUCUCAUGGUCUGGUGGUGCAGCAGACAGAAGAUGAGUGGCAUGUGCAAUUGAAGAAUACAGGGACAGUGCAGUUUAGUGAUGUGGCGUCGGCUUUGGAGAGCAUGGCUGACUUCAUCAGCGCUGCUGUCUUCAGCGGAGAUUCUGAGGCAUUCUUGAUCUUCGGUUCCGCGUUGUGGCCAGGGAUAGCUCGGCGGCUUCUCCGGUCUGCGAAUUUUGACAUCUCGACACAAGAGGAGCGUGCACAGAAACUAGAGAAGGAGAUGCAGGGCAAAAGCUUCAUCAGGCAGCAAAUGUGCCCUCUCAAGGAUGGAUUGUCAACUCGUGAUGAGGCGGAGCAGAAGGCCGAGAGGUCACGAAUCUUGGGACGUGCACGCAAAGAGCUCAUUGCCGAUACAGUCGAAGGUGUCACCGAGACAGUUGAAGUAGAUUCAAAGCAGCUCGAAUGUCUCGUUACUGGUGGCGCACAUGUUUCGAGCAUGGCGGCUUCGGAGACAUGGUUGGCAACCUGUCCAGAUCGAAUAUCGAAGAGCGUUGAAACCUUGUGGAAACUAAUUGAAGACAACCCCUCAGAGAAACGCAACCUGAUUGACCUGUUCAUCGUCCUCAAACGUGAUGCUCACAGGGAUAUCAUCGUCAAUGAUCCGGUCAAGGCCGGCCUCCUUGUGCUGGACGUGUCGUAUUUGAGUGUUCGACUUCUCUUGGAUGCUACCAAAUCGAUGAAGGCGGAUCGCCGCGACUCCGGUCUGGACCUGCUCCUUCGGCUCAGAGAGGCUGCUACUGUGGUCUUCGCACAAGCCAUAAACAAAGCCUCAGACAAUGCUCGGCAAAAACUGCAAAACAGCUCUGGAUCAUGGAAACGCGGAUUGCUGAGCUCCGGCGACAUGGCGGAGGCCGAGACGGCCCUAGGGGAAGCAGUAGAGUCGUUGAAGAAACUGUCCACGGCAUGGACCCGAUACCUCCCAGAGCCCCUCAAAUUGCCAGCCCUGGCAGUGGCAGCAGAUGCCACUCUCAGAGAGCUCGCUGAACUAUCUGUGCAAGCUCUCGACAAAUCAUGGCGAAUGAACCCCAACAAACAAGACGGCUCAGCAGUUGCAGCUCUAUUAGACUUUCUGUUGGUAUCGACGCGAGAAGCCAUUUGUCCGGAUCCAAAAAUUCAACCACCAUCCUUCGCCUCCGUGGCCCUCAUGAAGGACUGUCUGAUGCUCCCAUGGGAAGAUCUACUCAACCUCUCGGAUGAUCGCCUGCCAGACGCUGGGACGUCCCUGCUAUCUCGUGGAUCGCUAGCUCUCUGCAUCCGAGCUAAUUUCUCUGUCGGAGUGGAGUCCUGGCCCGAGGCUGAGAGUAAAGCAGGCCUAUUAGCUGAUGCUUGGGGCCGAGGUAAGGGUGUGAAGGAGAACGAUAGGAAGAUCGAAACCAAGGCCCAUAAGAAUGCUGACAUAACAGGACGGGUAUCUCGAGGCGGCGUAUUCGCCAGUAGCAACGGUCGAUCCCUUUUUGGGUAGCGUGGCCU